UCGUAGCUGAAUUAGCUCCCCAUACGGACGGAGAAGAAAUGGAAAUAGUUCGACAAGACAGGGCAAGAACAAAUCAUCACAAUGAUGCCGUUUCUACUCUGCCUCUUUAUCGCUCUGCCCCUUCACUUGAAGUCAGACUCGAAGAUUUCGAGCUCUUCGCUAUGGAUCGCCUCCGAGUUCUUAAAGGAAUCUCUGAUGGGCUUUCCCGAGGAAAGAAGCCUGAAGAAAUGGAAAAAUUGGUAAAGGAUUUGUGGAAAGCUAAUAUGGGGCAUCAAGAUGCAACUGAAGUUGUCAACAAGGAUAUAAUAUCCCAUUUUGUCCUGCGUCUUGUUUAUUGUCGAACGGAGGACUUGAGAAAAUGGUUUCUUUCGAUGGAGACUGCUUUAUUUCGCCAUCGUUUUGGGCGUGAACGCUCUGAUGCUCAGAGGGCAUUGAUGGCAGAGUUUGAUCUUCCAUGCAAACCUGUUAGCAGUGCAGAGUUUGAGAAUCUAAAGGAAAAAUUGAGCCAGGUUGCACGGUCAAUUAUUGGUCAACAGACACCCACUGCUGAUUCUAUAUACUACAAGGUACCUUUUGAAGAAGUUCCAGAACUUGUAGCUGGUCGUAGAGUAUUUAUCCAUAAAGGGUAUGCUUAUGUUGCUAUGAAUCAGGUGGUUUCACUUGUGGUUACACAAUUUCGCAGUAAUCUAUCGAAGGCACUCAUUUUAACAAACAGAAAGUGGACAUCUACAAUCAGAGAACAAGAAAAAGAUCGGUUGACUCCUAUCGUGGAAGCCCUGUGCACAAGCUAUUUGGGUCCUGACUAUUCUCGGCCCAAAGAAUUUGGUGAAAUUUCAAUUAAUGAUUUAGAUCAAUUAGCUGAGAGUUCAUUUCCUCUAUGCAUGCGCCACCUAUUUGUCAAGCUGAGAGAAGAUCAUCAUUUAAAGCAUGGAGGGAGAAUGCAAUUAGGUCUCUUUCUUAAGGGUGUUGGGUUGAAGCUGGAAGAUGCCUUAGCAUUCUGGAAAGCUGAGUUUUCCCAAAAGGUUGGUGCAGAGAGGUUUGAUAAAGAAUAUGCAUACAGCAUACGGCAUAAUUAUGGAAGAGAAGGGAAGAGAACGGAUUAUACUCCUUAUUCUUGUCAAAAAAUCAUUUCAUCAACUCCUGGUGUGGGAGAUCAUCACGGCUGCCCCUAUCGUCAUUUCAGUGAGGAAAACUUGCGGGCUGCAAUCGGUAGAAUGGGAGUAGGUAGUUGUGCAAUUGAAGAUGUAAUGGAUAAAGUGCGAAAUAGGCAUUAUCAGUUGGCAUGUACCUUAACAUUUGAAGCUGUUCAUGGCUCAUCAUGUGAUGCUGGCAUCAAUCAUCCAAACCAAUACUUCAAUGACAGCCAGAAGAUUUUGCAAGCUAAGAACAAUGCUGGGGCAUAAAGAGACGGAAUUUCCGGUGUCCAUAUGAAUAUUACUAAUGCAGUGGACCAUAUGAGGUGGGAGACUUGGGAGUGUGCAAUCAUUCGUAUUCACAUGCUCUUCACUUAAGUAUGGUGUUUACAAUUGAUUUUUUAUGAAUAUUAUUUAAUUUAUUCUAGCAUGUUGAUCUUUUUAUAGUGAUGAAACAUCAAAUUGGUUCUACCCA